AUGAGAGAUAACAAUGAAGCAAUUUACAGUGAAGAUGAAAAUAAAGCCCAUAAUAAGGAUGAUGGGAUUCGUACUAUGUUAGAAGAGGUUGCUGAAGGAUCAUUUGUCAAUUAUUCGAAAGCGCAUAAAGAAGAGCUAUUGAAGCAAGGUGUUGUGGAUAUAGAAGAUAAAUACAGAGAACAAUUUCCUUCGUGGUUCAGAAAAAAAUGUUUUGAUCUUCGUAAGAAAACAGGGAUGCAAGAAGAUGAAAAAUUUACAAGCGUCUAUGUUAAAAGAUUUUGGUAUGAAAAUGAUUCCUUUGUACUAGAUACUCAAGCAAAGCAAGUAUUUUAUAUUGAUGACCCAGAACUGGUGGAAGAUUGGCUAAUUAUGCUCAAAUUUCAAGCUAGGCACAUAUAUGAUAUACCAGAGAAGGAAAACAUAAACUCAGAGGUAGAAAAUGAUGAGUUGCCUGCUACAAAUGUUGAAUUAUAUCAAGAUACAUCAUUUGAAAAAUAUGAAGUUGAAGUUGAUUAUAAUGGAGAAGAUUCUGACCAAGAAGAUGACACUAUGGUUGAGUACAGCAGUGACCAUGAGGAGAAUGAAGAUAAUAAUAGUGCUACUAACAAUGAAUCUGAUAGCACAGAUCACAACGCCGACAUUGACUUGUGA